AUGGCAACGGGGCGUGGCUUUGUGCAGCUACUUCUGAUUGGAAGAGGGGAAAGUCAAAUCAACUGUGUGACACUGCUGGACCACAGCUGCCCCAGGGCAGAAGACGCAGGAGUGACUAUCAACAUGACCGACACUGCGAGCGAAUACACACCCAACACAGCCGACACUGAGAACGAAUACACACCCAACACAGCCGACACUGAGAGCGAAUACACACCCAACACAGCCGACACUGAGAGUGAAUACACACCCAACAUGGCCGACGUCGCUGAGGAAGAGUCAUUACCACCAGUCCCACCCACUUCGUUACAGCUGUCCAAUAAGAAGAGGAAGAAGAAAGUUCUGAGUGCGCCGACUCUCAGCCUCUCCCUGGGUGGAGAGUCUCUGGUCUCAGAGGACUUGUCCCUGGUCUUGUCUCCAUCGGGGGAUGAGGUGGACUUGGACUUGGACUUGGAGGGCCUGGAGACUCCCUCAGACUCUGAAUCUCUGAUGUUCCCCCCCGACAUGGACCUGGAUCUGGACCUGGAGGAGGACAUGCGGCGUCUGGGCGUGGCCUGCUCUCGUGGCCCCGCCCCCUCCUCUGGCCCUACACCCUCACGCUCCCUGGACGACACAGAGGACACGGUGGACAGUGCGGGCAGCAGGUGGCGCUCUUUUAGCUGCAGCGGAGCCUCAGUCAACAUGAGUCUGAUCCAGGAUCACGUCCGAGUCCUGUCCCAUGGAGGUUACUACGGCGACGAGCAAAAUGAUAUCAUCGUGUUCUCGUCAUGCUAUUUGCCGGAAAACAAUACAGAGUCGUAUGAGGAGGUGAUGGACCAUCUGUUCAGAUAUGUGAUGGGGACCUUGGAACUGAUGGUGUCUCAGGACUAUGUGAUCAUCUACCUUUGUGCAGGAGCUCAGAGGAACCAGGUCCCAGGCCUGAGCUGGCUGCGGGACUGCUACACCGCCAUCGACCGCCGUCUGAGGAAGAAUCUAAAGUCGUUCUUCGUUGUUCACCCGACCUGGUUCAUCAAAGCUCUCAUCACCAUUGUCAAACCGUUCAUCAGUUCUAAAUUCAGUCGUAAACUUGUCUUUGUCGACUCGCUGCAGCAGCUGAGUGACCUGGUGCCUACUGAGCACGCUCAGAUCCCCAACUGUGUUACAAUGUUUGAUCAGAGUUUGCCCCGAUGA